AUGUUCAAAGCCUUGAUUCUUUCCCUCGCCACCGUCGGCAGCGUCCUCGCCGCGCCAACCAGCAGCAGCAGCCACCUCGCCCACUCCGAGCCGGCCACGCACAAGCACAAGCGCGACCUGACCUCGCGGACGUGGUCCGGCGCCGUGCAGGAGGCGUCCGCCGGCAGCUGGAACUACGUGCAAGGCACCGUCGUGAUCCCGACGCUCAACGACGCCAACAACCCCAAGGGCUCGGCCGACAUCUGGGUCGGCAUCGACGGCAACAACUGCGGCACGGCCAUCCUGCAGACGGGCAUCGUCGCGUACGGCGACGGCUCCUUCUGGGUCUGGACCGAGUGGUGGCAGUACACCAUGCAGGACUACGAGACCGACCUCGCCGUGUCCGGCGGCGACACGGUCCGCAUGACGGUCCACGCCACGUCCAGCACCUCGGGCACCAGCACCAUUGAGAACCUGACCACGGGCAAGAGCGUGUCCCACACCUUUACCGGCGAGACGGCCUACCCUCUCUGCGAGAGCGACGCCGAGUGGAUCGUCGAGGACUACCAGGAGAACGGCACCCCGGUCCCGCUCGUCAACUGGGGCACCAUCGAGUUCACGGAUACCGUCGCCAAGGGCUCCAACGGCCAGGUGUCGGCCGCCGGCGCGGAGAAGAUCAACAUAAAGAUUGACGGGAGCCUCAUCACCAGCACCGAUAUUGAUAGCAACGGAAAGGUUUCCGUGACUUAUAUCGGAAACUAA